GAGAGGGAGAGAGGGAGUGUGAGGGGAGAGAACACAUCGCAGCAGAGAUGCAGCAGGAGGUUUUCCGAGAUUUCGGGGGCUGGUCAUGGUGUCCAGUGAAAAGGUAUGGGACCCCCUCCACGCGGGCCUUAUUCAGUCACCUCUGAGUGAACAGCACCUGGCGCCUGGGCUUACUCCCCGACCACAUACUGCAGCUAAGGACGCCACGUGUCACCAGAGUCAGCGGUUGACACCUUGGACUUCCCCGCCACUGUCAUUAGUGGCUCUAGACGCCCUUCCGGCAGUUCCAUCCUCCUCACCCUUGCACCCGCCUGUCAAUUUGUACGGCCUACAAAAGAUCGAAGGACUACACAAGCCUGCCUGGUCUUGUGGGGUGGCCUCUCAGUCUGAAGAGGAGGAGGAGGAAGAGGAGGAGGAGGAAGGGGAAACUGAGCAGUUGGAGAUGAAGGGUAAAAGGCAUGGAGGCAGGGGAGAAGCCAUGAUGGAGGACAGACUGGAGGACAUGGUCGAUGGACCUAAAAAUGCAAAAAUUACCCUAAGCUUCCCACUUAGUGCCGCCCCCCUCCCAGCCUCUCUGACAUCACCAAACCACUGUCGCAGCUCCUCCUCGUCCUCUCCCUCCCCCCACCGACGGCGUCCGUCCUCCAAGAGCUCGGAUGAGGGGUCACUGUGGAAAUUGGAUGCCACCAUGGAUGUAAAGCACAGACCUUUCAAGCCCCCGAGGCACGACAGCUCUCCGUCCUCUUCGCCCUCCUCCUCCUCGUCUCCCAUGACUGUUCAUGCACUUAUCAGGAAGGACAUCAAAUCUCCCCCUCCUCUGAAAUGCUCCAAACUCAAUCCAGAGACUCAGUUUCAGAGGUCACCCCCAAGAUCCUCAAGCGGGUCUUUGGGGGCCUGUUAUGGUGUCGACGGAUGGGACGAGAGGCACAGGAUCGCCAACGGCACAGUGUCGCCCUCUCAGACGGCCCAGAUCCUCUUCAGCCUGGGCACAUCCGCCUAUCAGAGGUGUGGGGAUGCAGAGAGGAGAGAAAAGAUAACAGGAAGACCAGCUGGGAAACUGGGAAGCCCUCAUGGACCAAGCCUUCAUCCACCCACCCUCCACCUCCCUCCCCCCUUACCACCACCUCCUCCUCCCCCAUCUGAGGGUCUAACCGCUCCCCCUCACUCGUCCUCCUAUCCUCCGACCGACAGCCUGAAGCCUGAGCUGAUCUGUGGUGUGUGCCACCGGCUCUUCAGCUCGGCCUCCUCCCUCACAGUCCACAUGCGGCUGCAUCGUGGCAGCCGGGCCCUGAGUUGCCGCUUCUGUGGCAAAGUCUUCAUCCACAGCAAACGACUGCAAUCCCACGAGGCCUCCUGCAAGAUGCCAGGCCUCCCCUCCAGCAGCCUGGGCCCUCCUCCUCUCACUGUGCAGCCAAAGGAGGAGCCGCUCGAGGAGGGUGAGGUGAGAGUGGAGGGGGGAAUGAUUGUGGGACAAGCAGACAUCGGUAAGGCGCGGCCGGGAAAGAAAGCACGGAGCCUCCUGGCGCGUAUCCAAGGUGAUGAUGCAGCAGACGCAGAGUUACUGGCGGGUGAUGAGCACCAUUUUGUGAAGGUGGUUGACGGCAAUGUCAUUUACUUCUGCUCUGUGUGCGAGCGAUCCUACAUGACCCUAUCCAGCCUGAAGCGUCACUCUAAUGUGCACUCGUGGCGCCGCAAAUAUCCCUGCCAUUACUGCGACAAAGUCUUUGCCCUGGCCGAGUACCGCACCAAGCACGAGGUGUGGCACACGGGAGAGCGCCGCUACCAGUGCAUCUUCUGCUGGGACGCCUUCGCCACCUACUACAAUCUCAAAACGCACCAGAAAACCAUUCACGGGAUUAACCCCAGCCUCAUCUCCAGUGAAAAGACAGCCAAUGGCGGCUAUAAGCAGAAAGCUAAUGCCCUCAAGCUCUACCGCCUUCUCCCCAUGCGAUCUCAGAAGAGAGCGUACAAGACGUACAGUGACAGUUUGCAUAAUGGCCUGCUUCUACCACCAAGUGACACACCGCCCCUCUCCCUGCCCGGUCUGGGCUGUGCUCUGGGCUCUGGGGACCUACAGAGCCUAAUCAGCGGAGCCCACCCCCAGAGUGUUAAGCCUGACCCAGAUGCCUUCCCCGAUGACUUCCCUGUUUCUGUGGCUCCAGAACACAGGGACCUCUCUGGACUAACACCCCUCCCCCAAGCGGACAUGCACCGCGUUAAAAACCACGAGAGCGAGGCCCGAGAGUCAGAGCAGGGCCGAGGCAGUGGCAACUUCAAAAUGUCUAGUAGCAGCAAAACCAAAACUCCCAAGACUGGUAAAGAAACGAGCAUGCCUUCUGUGAUAACAUAUGGACAUACAAAACCCUCUGUCAUAGUUCAUGGAACAGCAGUGUCAUCCUCCGUCAUCGUACAUAGCAACCAGGUUAUUUCUGGAAGCGAUAAAAGCCCAAUAAGCAGCCCGUCCCCUGAAACCAGCACCAGUCAGACUUCACACAAGGGCAGCCCCAGGCCAAUUAAAAAGCAAAGGGAUAGUGCAGACGGCCAUAGGAAGAGAUCAAGAGACAAUUCAGAAACCAGAGAGAAUGGUUCAACUUCAAGAGGCGGACGGGAGGCAGAGGCAGGUCGAUCAUUUCACAAAUCACGCAAGUCCCACAGCAGGAGCGACACCUCUAACUCAAAGCAGCCGCCGUCAUCUGGAGGGUCACAUGUCAGAGAGGCCGGGCCACUGUGCCAGAUCACUGUCCGCAUCGGCGAGGAGGCCAUCGUGAAGCGCAGCAUCUCUGAGACAGACCUCCGGAGAGACAAGAGCCUUUCUCCCCCCAACAUGGAGGAGGAGGAGGAUGACAAGGAGGGAGACUGUGAGGAGGAGGAGGAGGAGGAGGAGGAGGAGGAGGAGGAGCAGGACAGUGACCAUGACACGGAGGAUAAUUUAUGGCGGCCUUACUACUCCUACAAGCCUAAAAGGAAGGCCCAAGCACAUCUGCAGAGGGUGAAGAGCUGGCAGAGAAAACUGAAAUACAAGCGCUCCAUCCGGCUGAAGAGGAGGGGGGAGAGGCUCAAAAACUGUGUAAAUAAAGAAACGGAGAAAUCCCAAGAUGAGGAAGAGGAUGGGACGAAUGAGGAGCCCCAAAAAGCUGACAGAGUUAAGGGAGAGGGGAAAAAGAGGGGCUGUCCCUCUGCUCCUUUAAAGGAUAAGAGCAAAGACACAGAAGAGCAGGAGGCCUGUCAUAAGGUUGCUUCCAUUCCUCUGCACUCUCCAAAGCCUCCUCCGUCUACCUCAGGGGCUCCCACGGGAAUAAAGAGGCGGCCUUGGACUAACGGGAACGCAGCAGAGUGCGGUACAUGUGGCCGCUGGUUCUCAAGCCCCAGGAAGCGAGACAAACACGAGCUGAGCCAUCUGCUGGAGUUCGUGUGCCUCUUCUGCCGAGCCACUUUCCCCUCAUGGGACAAGUUGGAAGACCACCAGAGAGCCCAGCAUCCCAAGCCCACGGAUGCCCCCUCUGCACCCCCUAAAGUGGCACUUGCUGAACAGGAUGAAGGGGUCGGGAUCAAAUCUGCGCCAGAGAUUUCAAAGUACGGUGAAGAAAGGGGGGGGCAAGUGGGUUUAGCUGGGAGAAACUCGAGUCCAAGUCGCCUCAGCAGACGAGCAUUAUCACGACACACCUGUCCACAGUGUCACAAGGUGUGCAAGACAUCCUCGGCACUAACUCGCCAUAUCCGACGCCACGAGUUAAGCAGCUCCCCGGAGAGAGAAAGGGAAGAUAAUGCCCCGGAGCCAAAAACAACAGAGGCCGUUAUUAAUGACGUGAGCAGAGACGUAGAGACGGAGAAGGGAAAGGCUCCCAGUGCGCUCUCUGUUUCAGUUAUCAGCUAUUCAACACCAGACCCGCCCAUCAGUGGUGACUGUUUGGCCUCGCAGCAGCGUGAAGGUCGCCUCAGUGAACUGACGGCUGAACAUCACACGUCAGAAUCCACAGACAAGCCUCAGCUAACCGGGCUCACACAUCCAGCUGUAGAGAGACAGCCCAGCCCACAGACAGCAGACCCUCCACUAGAAAGUCCAGUUAAUCUCACGCCCACUAAACAUGAAUUCACGCCGGCCGCACCCUCCGCUCUCCAGAGCGUGCUCGUCAUGAACGGAGCCGAGUGUCUGGACUACCGCAGCCCCGGCCGAAAGAGCCUAGACAGCCAGAUCUACAGAAUACCCAGCCCUGUGCACGUCGUGGCACCCACCAACACCUCCCCGAAUGUGCCCAUGACGUCACAGACCAGAAUAACCGCUGCUGCUGCUCCUGUUUCCAUGACAACAGCUCCCAGCUCCGAGGGCGGAUUCGUGAAACGGGAUGGGGUCAUUAUGGACAGGGAGAGGCUGGGCGGGAGUGGUGUGUUCCUGCACGCAGGUUAUGAGGAAGCACCUCGGGUCCAAGAUCUAAGAGUUCAGUCACUGUCCAGGAGUCCCUCUCCCGAUGAAGCACAAGACCUCACCAUGUCCUCGAUGCUAGCUAGAGAGAGGGAGAUAGUGAGGCAAAGAGAGACGGAGAGGGAGAGAGAGAGAGAGAGGCAGAGAGAAAGGGAGAGGGAGAAAGAAAAGGCGAGAGAGAGAGAACGAGAGAUGGAGAGGGCCCAGAAAAUGAGCAGAGUUACUCAUGCCCCAGAGGACCAAAUGGCUCUGUUGGUCCCUAAAGAGGAGCCCUUGAGUCCUGUGCAGUCCCCCCAGCACCUACCCACUCAAACCACUAUGAAUGGACCCUCCUCACACAGGCACACUCCCAAGUCCCCACGUCGGUCUCCCUCCAUCAUUGGACUGUUAUCUCACGCCAACCGUCAGGUUCACUCCGGCUCACAAGGACUCGACCGGCUCACACUGCCCACUGGAGCAGCUGGUGCCGGCGACCGCCCCUCUGCCCACGCUCUGCUACUCCCCCGAGCCCCUCAGCCACCUGAGCCCGAGCACCAGGACACUGUUUCUUCCAGAGACUCCCAGCAGGGGGGCGCCACCCCAGUGGGCUACCCUGCCCAGGAUUAUCCCCUACCCCUAAUUGUGCCGGACAGCUACCGCUCUGCUAAGAAGCAGGAUGAUAAUCUGCUCAUGUCCUAUCCUGGUGGACAUCUUCCCUUUGGCCCACUGGGAAAAGUGAUGGUCCCUCAUGGCGGGGACCUGUCCAAGCUGCCAUUUUAUCCAGACCCUUACCAGCUGCUCUACGGGCCCCAGCUGCUGGCCUACCCCUAUAACUUAGCAGGUCUUCCUGUGACUCUGAACAUGAUGGCACCUGGGGGGGACAAGGUGGAGACUAUGCCUUUCCUUCCAGCCCUCUUCAACUACGCAGCCGCUGCUGGACCGUACAUGAGCGCAGCACCCCACCCCCUGGUGGCAAACCCCGGCCUGUACAGCGGCAGCAGUGGCAGCGGCAAGAAGCAACGAGACAGCAGCGGCAAACCUUAGUACAACAGGAGGUUUAAAAGGAAUAUAUUCCAAAGGGGACGGCCUGGCCUGUUUAGGAGGAGCAGGAGGGGUCUGUGCUCACUGGGUCACUGGCGACGCUCGCACAGAGCCCCUGCCUCUCUUGUAUUCAGUAGAGAUCAGAGCUAGGCAUUGAAUCAGGAGUUGCUGUGAAGGGAAGAGAGGGAGCAAAGAAACGGGGAGGAGAGGCCGAUAAUCUAGUGACGUGUCAUUGCUCCCCUCUCUUUACUCCCUGCUCACCUUUCCCUGUGUUUCUCCUGUUUUGCUGUAGUGUGUCAUAGUUCUAGAGCUUGAUUAAUCUUCCUCUCCUUCUCAUUAUAUUAUCUAUAAUAUAAGAAUAAGAUCUUCUAACAGGGUGUGUGUGUUGUGUGACAAAUUAGUUCAGUCAGCUUCCCUUUAUAGUCGUGGCAAAACGAGGAUAAACACUCUUCAGGGAAGGCUCGUGUGGGCAUGAUAAGGGAUGAGAGGACAGUCGGUGAGGCUGCGAGUGCAGGUGUAACCUGUCGUUAAAUGAAAGAUGUAUAUGAGCAUGUACAUGCACAUGUAUGUAGGGAUUUGUGCAUGCAGAGGUUGGCUUAAGCAGGUAUUGCUGCGUAUGUGUGAGUGAGUGUGCGUGUGUGUGUGUGUGGGUGUACGUGCAUGAAUGGCUAGGUCAUUCCGUGUCAGACGCACACAGCAUUCCUACCCUGGUUGGAAUAGCUACUGUAGGUCAAUGUAUAAAAGUGCAUUUAGAAGUGAUCCCUCAUAUCCAAAUCAUUAAGAAGUAAAUUCUAUGGCUGAGCGUGACAACGACGGAUCAUCUGAGCUUCUCCUGUCUCAACCGUGUUACUUUGUGGCCAGAUGACACUGUUGGAUCUGUAUAGCAUUCACCAUAGUUUGUACCUUAUGUGCACAAAGUAGAAAAAAAGUAGUGGUCACUUAAAGGGGACACUUGUAGCUGCUUGGGAUAUGUAGCUGGCCACUGGGUAAGAAUUGAAGGCUGGUAGACCGUUGCACUUCCAUUUUUUUUUUCAUCUCAUUUCCUUCAAGAAAAAAGGAAAAGAAUAAAAAACCAGACAGCCUUCACCUUGCGUAGCUUUUACCUCCUUGAUUGGAAGAGGGGAAAAAAGGCUCCGUGUCCUAAGCCAGGAAGAGGAGAGCGACAGGGAGGAAAAAGACAAAUGGAUUCAGGGUAUUGAGUUAUUUCUGGAUAUAGGAAAAGAAAUAUAUGGGCACAGAGCUGUUGGAAGGCCCCACAGAAGUGAUUCGGGGGGAUAAAUAAACUGUUCCUGUUCCCCCGACUGAAGGGAGAUGGGAAUAGUCUGAACUGUUUCCCCUCCUGCCCUGUUAUUUACCUAGUGGUAGGAAAAAGGCUGAGAUGGCAGCCAAAGUGGUGGCUGAAAAACUGCCCCAGAUGCCCUCCUGGGGCCUUUUCGUUGUGUAAUGUUAUCUCUAUAUGUUUGUUCUGUUGGACUAUGUUGUUGUUUUUAUGUUGUUUAGCCCUCUUACCAGAUGGAAGUGGCUUCAGUGAAAAAAACAGGGGGUGGGGCGGGGAAGUAAACGUACAAAUAUGAAUGUAAAUUUAGUCAUGAGGUUAAUGAAGUACAGCUGCAUUAAUGGUAGAGUUGGUUUCAGUUCCUCUUUGUUUCAGUUAUGACACAAAUAACCUGUAAAACAACCGUAUAACGUCUGGUAUGCAUAUAUACAGUAGUCCUAGGAACAUGUCAGUAAACUUGGGUUCUGUAUCCACAACGCAUGAGCAACACUUGCUUCCUUACCGUUUAUAUCCUCGGCAAAAUCUGGCACUGUGCGCACAGCUUUUUUGUUUCCUUUUAUAUUUUCUGGUCUUUUUAAUCUUCCAUAUCCGUUACUAUUUUAUCAUCAUCAAUUAUCGACAAAAGCAGUCUGGAGGACUUCCACGAAAACUAUCUUCCACAUCAUACGUCUCACGGCCACUAUUUAGAAGCUGUUUGAAUCCGCCCUCUUCCCUCAAGCAUACACACUCGUGCGCCUCUGAGUGAAGUCCCCACAGCCGGGCCUCAGUGUGUGUCGGGGGGUCGACGGUGCCGGGACGCCUUUUAGGAAUCAGGCCGGUGUGUUUUUAAAAAAACACAACGUGACCAACUGAAGGGGCGCACAAGCAUCCCCUUGGGUGUGGUUACAAGCCUUUUUAUUGCGUGCGUGAGGUCUUUGUGAAGCGAGAGCGAGCGAGUGAGUGCGUGAACAAGAAAAACCAAAAUAAAUCUGCCUGAGCAGCAGCGUUAUCCCUGGACAGCGUAUGGGCCACCUGUUAUUUUUUUUAUGUUGUUGUCUGACACUUUUCUGUGGGUACGUUUCAGUGUAAAAAAAAACAAAAGAAGAAAAAAAAAAAGCCUUGCUGUCUCCAAUGUACAAUCUCAAGUCAUUCCUGCAGAUGGACAUGUUUGUGUUUUUUGUUUUAUUUGGACCAUUUCUUAUGCCAUAGUUUGCCAUCACGGUUUUAUCAUACAGACCAAAAGCAUGCAAAUCGACGUAUUGUAGUGACUGGACUGGAAUCUGGUGGUAAUAUACAACUACUUACUGUAUGUUUUAGUUUAAAAUGAAUGUGCCUCUGCUUUGAUAUAUAAGAUAAUUAUCUAUCGUACAACGUGGAUCUGCCAGGUUUCAACUGGUUAAGGUGCCUUGUUAUGGCAUAAGAAAUUUUGGGGAGCAAAAAUGAGCGUUUUUUUCUUGAGAGACGAUUUGGAGAUAGAUUUCACGGCUUUGUUUGCUACGAAGCUGUUCAUAGACGUAGGGGUGUGGCUAAACUGUUUUUGGUAUCGUGUACAUGUCUAGGGUAAUACUGUGCCAUAUAGAGCCCACACAAAUAUGUUCAUGUUAUUUUUAAGAGAUGUUUUAAUGUUGCCUGAUGACUUUGUCUUUAGAUUUGAUACAAAGGCUUGUAGCCACAGCUCUCCCAAAGUCUGUAGCCUCCUCCUCCUCCUCCCAUAUUCUCCUCGUCCUCUCUCUCUCCUCUCGUCUCCGUCUCCCUUUCUUUCUCUUUGCUGCAAUCAAACAAAAAUAAAGUAUUAACCUGAUGACCCAAUGAAA